CGAACCUCUGAAGCGAUGGAGGGCAGCUACAUCCCUGACAGCGAGCCUACGACGCGCACGCUGCUGCGGCGCCUGCUGGAUACAGAGGACCCGCACACACCGCGGGGACGCCAAAGUAUUCGGGCUAGUGCCCGGAGAACCCCGCUUGAAACACCUUUCUCUAUGAGGCUGAGAAGCCAGACGAAGACUACUGCCAGACGACAUUCCCAUGGAGCCAGGUCUAUUGGCAGAUUGGCCCACAUUCAAACCAGUGGACGUCUGAAGGAACAGACACCCCGGACGCUGCUUGAGAAUAUUCUACUAACUGCACCGGAAUCUUCCAUGGUUGUGCCAGAGUCAGCGGUGAAGCCAGUGCCAGCACCACAGGUGGUCCAGUCCCCCAGCCGGGAAAGCAGUCGUGGCAGCCUGGAGCUACAGCUUCCUGAGCUCAAACCCCCCACAACCCUGGCUCCAGGUCUGCUGCUGGCUCUUGGCAAGAGGAAGCAGAGGCUCAGAUUGUCAGAGUUUCAGCAAGGAGUGGACCAAGAACUGCCCCUCUCCCCUGGUCCUCUUACAGAACCUCAUGGGAAUGCUGGUGCCUCUUCCCUCACCAGCUCCCUCAACCUGGCCUUGGCCACACCUCCCGUGCCACAAUCAGUGCAGAGGCCUGGUUUGGCCCGCAGACCUCCUACACGCCGAGCUGUAGAUGUGGGUGCAUUUUUGCAGGAUCUGCAAGAUACCUCUGUGGCCUUGGCUCUUCCAGGUGACAGCCUCAGAACUGCUGUUGCUACCCUGCCAACAGACACCGUGUUGGAGGACACCCAGCCCUUCUCCCAGGCUUUGAUCGGCCGUUCCCCCAGUGUGCGCCACUCCCUCCCCUGCCCCUCUUCCUCUGCUGAGAGGACUGUCGGUCGCAGGACACGGAGCAGUGGGCCUGGGCUGCAGAACAACAGCCCUGGCAGACCAGACCAGCUUCUGGUAGGAAAGGCAGAGGAGGUCGAUGCCCUUGCUGUGGGCUUCCCAAACACCAGCAAUAGUAGCUCUGGAGAAGAUGGACUACAGCCCUUACAGGAUGGAGUUGGCGAGGAGGCAGAGGAUGUGAUGGAAGAAAGCUUGAGCAUGAGUGAUGAGGAGGAGGCAGCAGGAGCACAGGGAUCUGCCGGAGCAGAAGGGCCCGAGACACACAAAGAAGGAACAGAAGCAGAGGGAUCCUGGGGGGCUACUGAGGCCAAGGAGCCAGAAGGACCUUCAAGGGAUAAGGACACCGCUGGUAGGACAGGAAGUCCAGAGUUGACCUCCAUCACCCUGGAGUUUCAGCAGGCCAGACAACUUGAGUUUCUUGAGCCAGCCCAACCGACUAGCACUGCAGUGGGCCUUUUCAGGCAGCAGUCCAUUCCUGCUCCCAGCUUGCCUCCAGAGCCUCUAUCAGCCAGGCGUCCUCCCAGGGCCCGAACUGCUGGCCCCAGACUCCGUCAAGAUCCUUACAAGACCGGACUGAGCCACUAUGCUAAGCUCUUCAGCUUCUAUACUAAAAUGCCCAUGGAGAAGGCGGCUCUUGAAAUGGUGGAGAAGUGCCUGGACAAGUAUUUUCAACAUCUUUGUGAUGACCUGGAGGUAUUUGCUGCUCAUGCUGGCCGCAAGACUGUGAGACCGGAAGACCUGGAGCUGCUGAUGCGACGGCAGGGCCUGGUCACCGACCAAGUCUCCCUGCAUGUGCUCGUGGAGCGGCACCUGCCCCUGCAGUACCGGCAGCUCCUCAUCCCUUGUGCAUUCAGUGGCAACACUGUCUUCCCUGCUCAGUAGUGGGCAGGCAUUGACACCUGUCCUGUCCCCACUGGGGGCCCCUUGGCCCCAUAUACUCUUCCAGGUCUCCUCCCCACACCCCACCAUUAAUAAAGUGUCACAAACAUAA